UAGUAACAUGAGGCACCGCUUUCGUGACCUCUGUGUCGUCAUAUACUUUUCACUCAGUCUUUCCAGUAGCAUUUGGAAGUUUUAUUUAUGGGAUCUGAACAAGUAUACUAAACAAAUGCUUUGGAAGCGCAGGAGUAUUCACCAGAGAUAACUAGUUGCCACUGUGGCACACUCUCUCACGUAAACAGGAGAGAGCAGGGAUGGACUUCCCACAAUGCACCGCAGUUUCCGUUUAUGUUCAGCCUACCUAACACGUGGGUUUCUGAACUGGAGCUUGUGUAUAUUGUUCAUUUUCCUACCAAAUGUAAUUGUGCCUCAAUAUAAUUAUUUUCACUUCAAGAUGAAAGUAAAAGUCCUCUCGAGGAAUCCAGACGAUUACGUCCGGGAGACCAAACUAGAUAUUCAGCGUGUUCCCCGAAACUAUGACCCUACACUUCAUCCGUUUGAGGUCUGCCGAGAAUACACUCGAGCCCUUAAUGCCACUAAAAUGGAUAGGGUAUUUGCAAAGCCUUUUCUGGCCUCAUUGGAUGGACACAGAGAUGGAGUGAACUGCAUGGCCAAACACACGAAGAGCCUCUCCACAUACCUGUCUGGCUCUUGUGAUGGGGAGGUUAAAGUAUGGAAUCUUUCCAAACGCGAAUGCCUCCGGACAAUCCAAGCCCAUGAAGGUUUUGUCCGUGGAAUGACUGUCCGCUUCUGUGGAACUUCGUUCUUUACGGUUGGCGAUGACAAAACAAUCAAACAAUGGAACAUGGAGCCCCCAGGUUAUGGUGAGGCAGAGGAGCCACUUAAUACAAUUCUGGGCAAGACAGUUUUCACAGGGCUUGACCAUCAUCAGAAAGAAGGUGUAUUUGCUACAUGCGGCCAGCAGGUGGACAUUUGGGAUGAGAAAAGGAGCAGUCCCAUCCGUUCUUUCACCUGGGGUGUGGACAGCUUUAGCUCUGUCCGUUUUAAUCCAGUGGAGACUGAACUUCUUGCAAGCUGUGCCUCUGACAGAAGCAUCGUACUGUAUGACAUGAGAGAAGCAGCUCCGCUGAAAAAAGUUAUCAUGACGAUGAGGAGCAACACAUUGUGUUGGAAUCCAAUGGAGGCUUAUUACUUCACAUCUUGUAAUGAAGACUAUAAUCUUUACACAUAUGACAUGAGAUACUUGAACCAGCCGGUCACUGUACACGCUGACCACGUUUCUGCAGUGCUAGAUGUUGACUAUUCCCCUACUGGCAGAGAGUUUGUGUCUGCCAGUUUUGACAAGACCAUUCGCAUCUUCCCCAAGGCCGCUGGGCGUAGUAGGGAGGUCUACCACACCAAACGCAUGCAGCAUGUCAUCUGCAUAAAGUGGUCAGCUGAUAACCGCUACAUUCUGAGUGGGUCAGACGAAAUGAAUAUUCGUCUCUGGAAAGCGAACGCUUCAGAGAAAUUAGGAGUGCUCUCACCCCGAGAGACGGAGGCCACCAACUACCGUCAAAAGCUGAGGGAGAAGUUCAAGCACUUCCCGCAGAUCAGACGCAUCGCUCAGCAUCGACAUCUUCCCAAGGCCCUUUACCACCAGUCCUUGGAGCUAAGGACAAUGAAGGAGGCUUGCCGCAGAAAGGAGAAGAACGUUCGCACGCACAGCAAACCAGGAAGUGUGCCCGUCUUGUCUGAGAAAGAGAAGCAUGUUGUGUCUGUGGUCAAAUAAAAAAAAAAAAAGAAUUAAUACACAACACACUGGAGAUUCAUCACACAUAUACAGUACAGGGCUGGAACAGACUCUUUCUUGCCAAUCUCAAAACCCCCUUCUCACUGAACAUGUUUUUACAAGGUCAUUUUGCAUCUUUUAAAUUGUAUUUAAUUAUGGCAUUUCAGAAAUUACAUUGAAUUGUUUCUCCAAACCGGUGAUUCCCAGCCAGGGUGCAAUUGCACACGACACAAACAUGAGACAUUUUUGUUUAGUGGUUUUCUGUGAGAUUAUUGUGAUGUCAAAUGAGUUGCCCUGGCUCAAAAUAUUUUGGGACACAUUGCUUGGUCAAGCAACUACAAUCUCUGUAUAGUCUGUCAACCAAUGGAUGUGAGUAGAGAAUCACCAGGUUUGAGAUUCACAUCCAUCCAUUUUCCACAGCGAUGUUCCCAUUUGUCCAAAUUAAACAAAAAUAAAGAAACUGCCACAA